UCUGCAGUUUAAAAGGCAAAGCGCAGAGAAAGAGAUAGAGAGAGACAGAGACCCAACUGAACCCAAAAAACCGCCAUCCAGAAUCUGCAACCACCACCGAAACUUAUUUCUCCGGCGAUGUUGCCGGAGAUAUUGCCGGCGCCUCCACCACUACCCGACCCGUGAGAAAAUCCAACCCAUAUUGCCACAAUGCCUCUCGCUUCCUCUUCGUCGGUGCAGCAAAACCUCAAACACCGUGUCUUCACGUGCCUCACCAAGCUCUCCGACCGCGACACCCACUCCCUCGCCGUCAACGAGCUCGAGUCCAUCGCUCGGAGCUUGGAGCCUAACUCAUUCCCUGUAUUCCUCUCCUGUAUACACUCCACCGACGCCUCCGACAAGUCUCCGGUGAGGAAACAAUGCGUCAGCCUGUUGGCCACACUCUCUGAGACCCAUGGAAACACACUCUCUCCCUACCUCGUCAAAAUGCUCACCAACGUCACCCGUCGGCUCCGUGACCCGGACUCCGCCGUCCGAUCCGCCUGCGUCAGCUCCGUCGCCGCCCUUUCGACCCACAUCACCAAACCGCCAUUUUCUUCCUUCUUGAAGCCCCUCACCGACGCGCUCUUCACGGAGCAGGACCUUAACUCCCAGAUCGGAGCGGCACUGUGCUUGGCGUCGGCGAUCGAGAACUCCCCGGAUCCCGAGCCCGUGAAGUUGGCAAAGCUGAUGCCGAGGUUCGAGAAGCUGUUGAAAUGCGACAGUUUUAAGGCUAAGCCGGCUGUUCUGACGAUGAUCGGAAGUGUGAUCGUGUCGGGUGGAGUUUCGGGUCAUGGUGCUAUGAGGAACUUGGUUCCUUGCUUGAUGGAGUUUCUCAGCAGUGAGGACUGGGGGGCGAGAAAGGCGGCAGCGGAGGCCCUGACGAAGUUAGCCGUCGUGGAGAGAGACAUGUUGACGGAGUUCAAAGCUGGGUGUUUGAAAACUUUCGAGAAUCGGAGAUUCGAUAAAGUAAAAGUGGUAAGGGAGGUUAUGAAUCAGAUGUUGGAGACUUGGAAGCAAAUUCCUGAUCUUUCAGAGGAGGUUUCGCCGCCACCACAUUCAAUUGCUUCCUCAAGAGGUGAGAAUGCAAGUGACGGACGAUAUCCACCUGCAUCCAGAAAUUAUGCAGCUGGAGUUACUGAAACUCCUCAAUUGAGAAAGAAACCCAUCCUAUCUGAUAGAUCAACUCCACCUGAUAACUCUUAUGCGACCUCGGCUAGGAAGAGAAGUCCUUUGAAGAGUAAUGAGAACAAAUCGAGUCCAGCGAUGUUUCAAAAGCUGGAUCGAAAGAAGCCUUCGAACUGGAAGGUUGAGAUUGCUGUUCCAAAUGCUCCCACUGUGACUGAGGUUUAUGGGGAUCAUCACAAGGAGACUGAUGAAAAUGUACCAGAAAGAAGGACCAGUGAAAAGACUAGGAUUUCAAAACUGGAAACAAGAAGGACCCUGUUCCAUAAGAGUUCCGAUGACAAGGGGCACAAGAAUGGAGGUUUCCGGUCUGGAUCUCGGGUGGCUCCGGUUCUUGAGGAGAACCGAGAAUCUACAGUUGUAGUCAGUAAUGUUACUGAGGAUAUCCACAAGAAUCAUAGAGAAUGUGAAGAUUUAUCUCUGAUCAGAAAUCAGCUUGUUCAGAUUGAAAAGCAGCAAACGAGUCUACUAGACCUUCUGCAGAGGUUCAUUGGGAGCUCACAAAAUGGAAUGCGAGCUUUAGAGACCCGUGUCCAUGGGCUAGAGCUAGCACUAGAUGAGAUCUCGUAUGAUCUGGCUCUGUCAACUGGAAGGAUGGCUAAAACUGAAUCUGCCAGCACCACCUGUUGCAUGCUUCCAGGUGCAGAUUUUUUGAGCUCCAAGUUCUGGAGGAAAACAGAAGGCAGGUAUUCAGCAUCAAGGUAUUCUACCUCAAGUAGCACACCAUCAGUUGCAGCCAUGCGCUACAGAGCCGAUAAUAGUGGGAAUGCUGAAACAUUAAAGUUGGAGAACCGUAGGUUUCGGCUCCAGGGUGGUGGUGGGUUCAUUGUAAACCCAUUGGCAGAGAUGCAUAGCGACUCAAGGGGUAAUUGAGAGAUGGUCCAUCAUUAGACAGAUUAAUGAAAAAGUUUGUUUCUCACCGAUGCUGUGCAGCAGAGUUUAGGUUGAAAUGAAUUUGUACACAGAAUCGCCAGGAGCUAAGCAACGAUCAGAUGAUGAAAGCUAGAUGAAAAUGAAGCGUAUAUGGUACUUGCUUGGCCUGCCAUGGAAGUAGGCUCUAGUAAAAUGAGUGAAGGAAAGCACUGGUUUUCAAUAUUUACCUACCUAUUCAAGAAGUCUCUCAUACAUAUUCGGAGGAAGCUAAAAUGGGAUUUUAUUUCAUUCAAAUUCUUGGUCAAGUGCAGCUCACCCUGCCCUUAUAAUUCUUACCUGCGUGAUCCAGGAGCAGCAGAUGCCACUUUGGUAUAGAGGGUGAAAUGUAUAGAGGAUUAGGGUUUUACUUUUUUAUUUUUUUUAUUUUUAAAUUUUUAAUUGGAAUGUGAUUUUGUAUCUUUGUCAUGGUUGAUUACUACUCUUGAUGUAUUAGUAAAAGAAAAACAAAAUGACGAUGGACGUGUGGAUUUCAACAGUC